AACUAAUUUCCUAAUUCACGAUGGGAUUCCUGUGUYAGUCYUAGCAACACGCGAAAACGAGGCARYGCGACUGUUUGCUAGAAGACGCUUUGUGAUUGGUUGUUGUUCAACGGUCUGGGAAAUUCAACAUGGAAGACAUGACAGUGUUUUGAUCGUGCUCUUCGAUUUUUGAUGGUUUUCAUUCGUGUAUUUUUCCUAUUGAGAGAGGAAUACCACAGAAAGAAGUCUUAUAAUAUUACUUUAUAAUGCCGACCUCGGGGGAAGCUAGACUUUUAAAGAAGAAGCAACUUGGCCCUAAAUCACGAAGCACAUCUAAUGUGAAGUCCAAAAAAACAGCAUCUACUUCAAGACUUCCAGUAGCCAAGAAAAGCUCUAUCAACAGAGGAAAGGAAAACACCGAACCAAACCAAAAAUUGAAAGCAAAACCAGCACCAGAUUUUUCAAAGCUCCAUAACAAAUGGAACAAACARUUUGAAAAGGGUAAAGCUGUUUCAAAGAAGAUUAAUACCAAGACAAAACCAUUUGUUUUGACUGAAAACAACAACAACAGACCAAGAAYACUGCAAUCAAGCAUCAAUMAUGAAGARGAAAACAKUGAACUGGACUGCAAUGAAUUUGAAAUUGAUCCAAGUGCAUUACAAGGAAUUCUGAACAAUACUGGGAUUGAAGUACAAGAAAAUGAAUCACAGAUUAAAGCAUCUGCUACAACACAACAAAGUGCACAAAAUACAAUAUCUGGAUAUUCAACGAAGAGGGCAUCUAUAUAUUACAUGGGUGCUAAGGAAAAUGCAAAGCYUAAAGCAGAACAUUGUAGUACCUAUAGUCUCAUGUCUAAUAAUAAUGUGGCUAGAAAKACGAACAAUGUGGACAAAUGUAAAGCAGUUUUAUCAAAUCAAGCAAUAAAAACAUGA